AUGGCAGACAGACAGGCCUAUAAAGCAGCAGCAGUGGUGCUGCAGGUGGAUGUGAUCAACUUCAGUGUGGAUGUGAUCAACUCCACAUGCAAGUUUUCAGAAGGCUUACAAUACUUAAUCAUUGUUCUUAUAUCUUUACUUGUUUUCCUUACUGUCUUUGGCAACAUUCUAGUGAUGGUAGCUUUUAUUAUAGACAAGAGGCUCAGAACCCAGAGCAAUUUCUUUCUUCUCAACCUGGCUAUCUGUGAUUUAUUGUUGGGAGCAGUUGCCAUUCCUUUGUAUAUACCUUACCUGCUGAUUGGAAAGUGGAUGUUAGGGGCAUUUCUUUGCAAACUCUGGUUAGUAGUAGACUACACUAUGUGCACAGCCUCUGCAUUUAAUGUGGCUCUGAUCAGUUAUGACAGAUUUCUUUGUGUCACCAUGGCUGUGUUUUACCGCUCCCUGCAAAACAGACACAGUCAGACUGUUCUCAGAAUGUCCAUCAUCUGGAUACUGUCCUUCCUUCUGUACAGCCCAGCCAUUCUUGUAUGGGACAGUAUUGUUGACAACACAUACAUUUCUGAGGGUCUCUGUAUUGCUGGAUUCCAUAACACCUGGUACUUUCUGCUGGUUGCAUCAUCAAUUGGUUUUGCUGUUCCAUUUAUUAGUAUUUCAUUCUUCAAUCUGAGCAUCUACUGGAACAUCUCUAAACGCAGCAGAAAGAAGAGACAGUCUUCUGUUUUAUAUUUUUCAGGAGUUAAAGGGAACAAUUACAGCCCGUUUAUUGUAGCAACCAAUGUAGUUCUGUCUUCUGCCCAGUCAGCUAUGGAAGUUGAAUGUAAACCACCUCUAAAGAGGAAGGGUUUUUGGCAGCAUACAGUUGUUGCUGACACAGGCAAAGCUGCCUUUUGUUUCCAGCUCGUCAAUGCAUACUUGUGCAGUAAAGUUGUGUGCACCAAAGUGUCUGCCAGAGCUAAUCUGAAAGCGAUACCACCCUUGUACAGACCAUGCAGCAUUGUGGUGUUGGUGGUGGUGUUGGUGGUGGGGGUGGUGGGGGUGAUUAAUCUACUGAACAGGCUCAGAAUCAAGAGUUCAUCCAAAAGGACUAACAUGCUUCAGGAUUGCUGA